UAGACAAUGUUGUGUAAAAGUAGUUAAUCUAUAAUUCAUAAAAUAUUUUUUAUUCUUUUAUUAUGUUUCACAAUAUUAAUUUGGUAAGAAUUCUGAAAAAUCUACGUCUACAUUAAAUGUAGCAUUUAAUAGUUGAAGACAAAACAACAUAAUAUUGAUAUUUUAUUGCAUAAAAACUGUCGGCCAAUCGUUACCGUACACUCACGACUCUCCAGUAUCACCAGGACACUAAAUGACUAUAGACUAUUAUUGAUAGACUACAUGGAAUCAUCGAGAUCAGCGGUGGACUGGCUAUACGGGGCAUUCGAGCAAAAGCUGUGUGGGCCUGCAUCCAAUAUAGUGGGUCCGCCGCCGAAUGGGCCACUUUGAAUGACACACUUUUGAUCGAAGUAAAAGUUUGAUCUUUUGUCAGUUUUCCACACUGUCAGCAACGAAACAACGCAAAAUCUGUAAUAUAACAAACCCAACCAGUUCGCAUGUCUGGAAUAAAUACCAUUUUGUCUCAUGUAUUUAUAGUUUGGAGCUGCAACGAAUAUAUUGUAGCAGGAAUGAACUCAUCCACUGCAGGCCAAUACUUCAUAGUACAGGUCUAUGGGCUACAGAACACAAGCGUCAUCCACGCAACCGCAUUCACCAUCUCCACGAGCAACUUCACCGUGUCUUUGACAGGCAGCAGGUUCGAUCACUCUCUCAAUGAGACGAGGGGAGUAAGUCAGUACCAGCCAGCCAGGUUCCAAAUCAACCAGACCUACUUUUGCCAUUCAAUUGGCAUGUGUGGGACGCUGGUGUUUCGAGGGAAUGAGAACUUUGCGCUCGACCUGUUGAAUGUCUACGCCUACAAGAACGCAGACGCAAUGCAGGUUAUUCCAGUGGCUGGCUUUGGUACUCACUAUAUCGUCAUGACGAUCGGGUACGGUGGCUUUGUUCUUUUCCUGUCAGCGAUCAAUGAAAAUACAAUUUUCGUUAGACUGAAGUUUAAUCCAACAGAAGCACUAUUGCGAAUACCUUCUAUGUCUUCGAACUACAGAGAUGGAGAGAUAAUGACCAUCAUACUAGACAAAGAACAGGCAUUUAACUUAAUGCAAUGUUCUUACAAAGCCCCGAGAAAAAGUCCUGAUUUAACGGGAACACACUUGUCAGGAAGCGAUUCUUUCGGUGUCAUCACAGGAAGUUGUAACAAUUAUUUACCCAAUGUCAUUGUAUGCGCAGAGGAAAAAAAUACUGACUACAUCUCAGACAUGGCUCUUCCGCUGGAGACAUAUGGACGCUAUUUCAUCAUAUUUGAAAGAGGGACUCGAACAUCGGACACCCGCCUGGCUAUCGUGAUUUCCAGUGAACCCAACACCACCAUCCGCGUAGAUCAAUCAGACAAAUAUAUUGUCUCGAUGCUGGACCCUGGAACCAGGAUUUUACUCCACAAUUUCCCAAAAGAGCACUACGCCCUCCGGGCUAGCAAGCCCUGCGCGUGCUACCUUAUGCUGCCUUCAACUUGUGGCAAGAUCGCUUUUGGCGACGGCUCUUUGACUGUGGUGCCGCCCAACGAGCUCUUCUUUAACAUAUACAUGUGGAGUUUUCAGACGGAAACUUAUACUCCCGACAUGCAGACAUACGUGAUAUUAAUUGUACACAAAUGGUAUAUCAAUUCGACUCAGAUCAACGACACGUUCAUACAUAACAAAUUUGUAGUCAGCUGGAAUAAAGUGAUGGGAAACAACGACUGGCUCGUUGGGGCCAUACAAUUGGAAGGAGGGACGCACAUCGCCCACCUGACGUCGAGCCUGUACAAAUUUGGCUGCUACAUCUACGUGUCCUCGGAGGGGUUCGGCUUUAUCUCCUCGGCUGGAUUUAUUCUGGCCAGCAUUAACACAGACUUUAAGAAAUGUAUAGCUACAAAUGGGACUGAUCGUUACGACUACAUAGAUAAUGACUGUGAUGGUCGAAUAGACGAAGAGAUUAAGAACGAUAUAGACGAUGACGGAGAUGGUAGAACCGACGAGGAUCUUGGAAUACCAGAUUUUUUGCCUGGCAUCUGGACGCAAUGGAAUGCUUGGGAAUGUCGAGAUAAAUGUGGCAACAGUUCGUAUGUCAGAUACAGAGGAUGCAAGCCGAGGUUGGAGGGUCCGUUAGAAAUGAACUGCCCAGGUGAUCCUUACAUGACCAAGGAUGGAAUCUGUAUAACAGGGGUAUCUUGCAAUACAGAUUGUCCCGUUGGAUUGUACGGUGAGCAGUGUUUGAACGACUGCAGCAAUUGUGAGAACAAGUGUAACUCACGCAACGGCUCGUGCGCUUCUUGUAAAGCUGGUUGGGCGGAGCCAAGGUUUGCUUGCACUCAUGAAUGUCCCAAAUGGACAUACGGCUAUAAAUGUAUGGACUUGUGUGAAGUCAAGUGUGGCGAAGAUUGUAUGGAGCGAGUGCAAGGUAUUUGUCCAGGAGGAAAAUUACUUAUGACUAUAUUGGUACCUUUUAUUAUCUCUCCCAUCCUUGGUUUGUUAUGUCUAGUAGGAGCCUGCACAUUACUAAAAAACAACAUUUCUUUUCUGAGAUGGGACGACUGCAGACACUCUUCUAAAUCUGGGACAUCGAUUUCAAUUGGGAAAAGUUAAAUACAAGUUUAAACCUUUUUUUUUUUUAUAAACGUUUUGUGUGACUUUUCAAAUGUUGACUUUUAAAAUGUUGACUUUUUAAAACUGCCCAGUAGCCAGCAAUAUGAAUCAACAUACAAAAGUCUUUGAGAUUCGGUUAGCCUAGUUCUGGAAUCUACUUUUAUGGUAACAAUUAGGAAGAGUUUGAAUUUGAUGUGCAUUAAACAACGUUUUGAAAAAA